GUCGCGGACGGCCCGGGUCCGAGCCAGCCGGCCAGCAAGCUAGCCAAUCAGCCAGCCAGGCGCCUGGGGCCGGGCCGGACCGGACCGCUGUGGGGAGCAGCGGCCGGCCCGAAGGGCAGAGCCAGAGUCGGCGCCGGGAUCGAGAUCGCGAUCGGGAUCGGGGCCAGACGGGACGGGCGGCGGGCCAUGGGCGACUGAACUGACCCGAGCCCGCAGCGAGCGAGCGAGCGAGGGAGAAAGCGAAUUACCCACCCGCUUGAGGGGCCGGCGAGCCAGCGAGCCAAGGAGGGAGUCGGGGGCUCUGAGCGCUUGAGGACGGAGCCUGGCACCAUGGCCCGGCCCGGCCUGCGCUCUGCCGGGGGCAAGUGGCUGCUGGGGCUCGUGCUGGCGCUUUGCCGCCUCGCCACGCCGCUGCCCAAGACACUGGAGCCCGUGUCCUGGAGCUCCCUCAACCCCAAGUUCCUAAGUGGCGAAGGAUUGGUGAUCUACCCUAAGAUUGGUGACAAGCUCGACAUCAUCUGCCCACGGGCAGAGGCCGGCCGGCCCUAUGAAUACUACAAGCUCUAUUUGGUGCGCCUGGAGCAGGCAGCGGCCUGUAGCACUGUGCUGAACCCCAAAGUGCUGGUCACCUGUAACCAGCCUGAGCAGGAGAUCCGAUUUACCAUCAAGUUCCAGGAGUUCAGCCCCAACCACAUGGGCCUGGAGUUCCAGAGGCAGCAGGAUUACUAUAUUACAUCCACGUCCAAUGGGAGCCUAGAAGGGCUAGAGAACCGAGAGGGAGGCGUAUGCCACACUCGAACCAUGAAAAUCGUCAUGAAGGUCCAGCAGGAUCCUAACGCCGUGGUACCUGAGCAGCCAACCACAAGCAGGCCAAGCAAGGAGGCAGACAACAGGGCCAAGGUGGCCACACAGCCACCCCGAGGGCGGGGCCCCUUUAGUGAUGACAGCAGUGGCAAACGGGAGUCUGGGACCCAGGAUGGUAAGAGCCCCAGCAGUAGCAGCAGUGGCGCUGGGAGUGGAGCGGACGGCUUCUUCAGCUCUCGAGUGGCUGUUUUUGCAGCCAUCGGGGCAGGCUGUGUCAUCUUCCUUCUCCUCGUCAUCUUCCUUACCGUACUGCUCCUGAAGCUGCGGAAGCGGCACCGCAAACACACGCAGCAGCGGACGGCAGCCCUGGCCCUCAGCACCUUGGCCAGCCCUAAAGGCAGCGGCUCGGCGGGCACAGAGCCCAGCGACAUCAUCAUCCCCUUACGGACUACAGAGAACAACUAUUGCCCUCACUACGAGAAGGUGAGCGGGGACUACGGGCACCCCGUCUACAUCGUCCAGGAGAUGCCUCCCCAGAGCCCGGCCAACAUCUACUACAAGGUCUGAGGGCCACGAGCGAUGGGCACCAGCCUGGACGGGCAUACCCUUCCCAUGCCAGCCGGGCCCCGAUUUGGGUAUAUAGGUUUUUAGCUUCUUGGCUUUUAGAAUUCCCUGCCCUCCUGUCUCAGGGGCGGGUAAGAGGGCAGGAGGGUGCCCUUGGGAACCACCCUCCUGCCUUUCUCCCCUCUGUUCUUGUGCCUUCCUCAUCCCAUGCCCUGCCUGGGCCUCUGGCCUCCUUCGGGGCACCCCCUCGACCCUGGUGCCAGCUCCCUGGGCGUUCCCCAGCUGGUGGCAGGGCUGGACAUUGGAUAGCAGUUGGCACCUGGCCCUGCCCUCUCCUCCAUGUCACACCCACCCCAGACUCUCUGCCUACCUUUGGCCACCACGGUUUUCUUGAACUCUGCUCAGUUUUAACUGUCAAUUUGUCGUGUUUUGAAGAAAAAGCGAAAGGGGCCAAGAGAACAAAGGAAAGCCAGUGAGGGGAGCCCCGGGCCCAGCCUGUCGUCCCAUCCCAGCUGCUCCAAUGGAGUAGAGUGACAUUUCUCUGGCUAAGCUCCUUGGUGUUUCUGGCCGGGGUCAGGCCGGGGCUGGCCACCCCAUGCGGCCAGUGGAGGAGCUCGGGAAGUGGAGCCUGGAGCCCACCCAUCUACAAGAGCGGCCUGAGAGGCACAAUCCAGGGCCCUGCUUGGUUUUGGGGGGGAUCAUCCCACCCUCUGCUCCCCUCCCCAAAUCCCUUCCUUGUGGGAUUCUUGGGCAGCUCCUGCCUCCCUCACUCUCACGGUAAUUAGUGUCUUAAUUGGCUGUUGCCAGGGCAACAGGAGAGCUGCAGGCAUUGUGACCUCAUUGGGGGUGGGGUGCACAGGUGGCUAUUUGCCCUGGAGAACUGGGAGUUUCCCUUCUCCCCCUUCCCCCUCAUUCAGCAUCGCUCUUCCUCAAACCCAGGGGUUCUGCUACCCUCUUUGAGCCGUAGCAGGUGUGUGAGCCAGAAGCCCGAGCUCUGCCCACCCCCUGUUCCUCCAGCCUUGGAACAGAUGCUCCUGCUGCCUGCCUGCUGCCCAGGGCCCCCCCUGCUCAUUGCCCUGCUGGGGGCUGGAGGGAGCAGAGGGGCCGUGGGGUCUGGGCUCCCCGGGGCUCCUGCCUCUGCCUCUCGGCUGGCCUCCACUCCCCAGGGAUGAGUCAGGGCUGGGGUGGGGCACCCAGCCGUCCCCCAGCCCCAUGUUACAGGCAGAAGUUCGUGUCUUUGUUUCUGUUUCUGUAAAUACUAGUCUUUUUGGAAGAAAACCUGUAAAGAUGUUUUGUACAAACAAUUAUUUUCUUGUUGCUUUUUCUUAGAAAAAAAAAGAGAACUAAAAAACUUAACCACACUGAGAAA